AUGAAAGCGUCUCAAACCCAGCGCGUGCUGCUGUACGCUAUCCUCCUUCCGCUGGCACUCUUGACGUGCAUCUGGUACCUGCUCACAGUCAUCGGAACAUGUGUGUUGAACCUCUUUCCCUCGAGUGAUAUUCUGACCUCAGUCGAUUCGGGCACUGCAAGCUCCCUGGCGGACUCGGGGCUGGGCCCCAUCGGUGUAGGUUCUGGCGGCGUGGUGCGCGGCGGCUCCGGCGAUCUCCCACUGAACAGCGCGCCCCUGUACACCUCGACCGUGAUCACAAGCUACGGCCCACGCACGAGCUGGGGCGACUACCCGGACACAACCUCGCGCAAGGUGUACACGUAUGUUCCGACCGAGACCGUGACAAGGACGCUGUUCAAUGGCGACAUCAAUUUCUACACCUACGACGGCCUCUCGACUUACUACACGCCCACCACCGUGACGAGAUACGGGUACCAGACCAUCACGGACUGGUACACGACCACAAGCAGAGGGUAUCGGUACGCCGUACGUGCGCUUCCCACCGCUGCGAACGCCCCGGCGCACGAGCCGGCACCCCUCACCGACGACACGGCCACGCCUGCCCCUGCUCCAACUCCAGCUCCGCAAGCGGCCGCGCCUAUCCAGAAACGCGCAGUACCUGAGCGUCAUGACCUCGUGAAGCGUCGCCGUGGCGGUGGCGGCGGCGGCGGUAGCAUCUCGGGCGAAGACGCCGAGGCGGCCUUCAUGUCGUACAUCCCCAACUUCCUGGGCUUGUUCUGGUCCUUCGCCGUCAUACUGUGGCUCCUCAUUCUGCCCUGCACGAGCGGGGCGCCACGCUCGAUUGCAUCCAUGAGCAAGACACUGUUGUGCUUCUGGGUCAUUGGCGCCGCAUCCUCGCUCUGGACCUCGAUCGUAAUCGGCGUCGCGGCCGGGCGCGGAUCGUACGUCUGGGGCUUGUGGGUGUGCAUCCUCGUGUUUGCGUGGCUGCUCACUAUAGCCCUGUUCGGGGCCUGGCUCUGGCUCAGGCUCUGGAGCAGGAAGCACGCAAAGGGGCAGCUGUACCGGUCCAUCGAGAACCUAGAGCAGGACGGAGUGCAGGACAGCCACCACGUCGAUCCCAGCUACAUGGGCAAGGGUGACGGGACGCCCCAGCCACCACAGCUAGCCUACGCCGCCUAUCCUGGCGCUUACCCCACCCCGCCUCCCCCCGGCACAGACCCUAUGCAGACGCACGGUCAGCCCAUCUCGUCCGUCUCUCCCGCCUCGCCAGGCUCGCCGCCCCCCGCUGCACCGGCGGGGUACGUGUAUGCCCUCGUCCCCGUCCCGAACGGGGUGCAGAGCAGUCCCAGCCCUCCGCCGACGACGCCCGCGAUCUACCCGGCCAACAUGUACCAGCCGCAGCCGGUGCACGCUCAGGGACCCCAGGGACCGACUCACCCAUGA